UGAAAAGGAGAAGGAAACAGGCAAAAGCGAGUAAGAAAAAAAGGAAAAAGAAGAAGAUCGAGCGUCUCGAUGAGCAGACAGAACUAACCGCACACCGAACACAUCGAGCGGCCGCUGCUGCAAACAAACCGGGGAAACCGUGAAGAGCCGCCGGCUAACGGAAGGGCUGAUCCCGGCAGCUUACCGACAGGAUGGUCGGUCUACAGUUGAUGAAGUGACGUGACCAGACCAGGGCGUCAUGGUGCUGCAGCUCCCCCUGGUGGUGACAGCUCAGGUGGACCUGGUCCUGCUGCUCGUCUCCCUGCUGGCCCUCUGGACCAGACUGAGCCACCUCAGUUACCCCAACGCUGUGGUGUUUGAUGAAGUGUAUUAUGGUCAAUUUGUGUCUCUCUACAUGAAGAGAGUUUUCUUCAUUGAUGACAGUGGGCCACCGCUCGGUCACAUGAUCCUGGCCCUUGGAGCCUACCUGGGAGGAUUUGAUGGAAACUUUGUGUGGAACAGAAUCGGAGCAGAGUAUCCCAGCAGUGUGAGUGUGUGGAGUCUGCGGUUGCUGCCGGCGGUGUGUGGAGCUCUCUGUGUUCCUCUGGUUUACCUGUUGACUCUGGAGCUGAGGUUCUCUCACCUAUCGGCUCUGGGAGCUGCAGUGCUGCUGCUGCUGGAGAACUCUCUGAUCGUCCAAUCACGGUUCAUGUUACUGGAGUCUGUCCUCAUCUUCUUCGUGCUGUUGGCCUUCUUCUCCUACCUGCGUUUCCACAACGCUCCUAACAGCUCCUGGUCCAGGUACAGCUGGCUGCUGGUCUGCGGAGCAUCCUGUGCUGCAGCCGUCGGGAUCAAGUACAUGGGUGUGUUCUCCUACCUGCUGCUGCUGGGCGUGGCCUCUCUGCACACCUGGAACCUGAUUGGAGACCGAACUGUCAGUCAUCUCAGUGUGUGUGUACAGUGUGUGUGUAGGUUUGUGUGUCUGCUGGUGGUUCCUGUCCUCCUCUAUGUAUUCUGGUUCUACGUUCACCUGAGUGUCCUGAACCGCAGCGGACCACAUGACCAACUGAUGAGCUCCGCCUUCCAGGCCAGUCUGCAGGGUGGUCUCUCCAGAAUCACUCAGGGUCAGCCUCUGGAAGUCGCCUAUGGCAGUCAGGUGACUUUAAGAAGCUCCGCCUCCCAGCCAAUCCCCUGCUGGCUCCACUCGCACAAAGCCAACUACCCAAUCAGGUAUGAAAAUGGGCGGGGCAGCUCCCACCAGCAGCAGGUCACUUGUUAUCCCUUCAAAGAUGUCAACAACUGGUGGAUCAUCAAAGACCCAGGCAGACAGAAGCUGGUGGUCGGCAGUCCUCCUCGACCUGUCCGUCAUGGUGACGUCAUCCAGCUGGUUCAUGGGAUGACCUCGCGCUUUCUUAACAGUCACGACGUUGCAGCUCCCAUGAGUCCUCACGCACAGGAAGUCUCAGGUUACAUCGACUUCAACGUUUCCAUGGCGGCUCAGAACCUGUGGAGAGUGGAUAUCUCUAACAGGGAGGCAGAGUCAGAGGUGUGGAAGACAAUCCUAUCUGAGGUUCGAUUGGUCCACGUCAACACCUCGGCUGUCCUCAAGCUGAGUGGUGUGUCUCUUCCAGACUGGGGUUUCCGUCAGUUGGAGGUUGUAGCAGAGAAACUGUUUAAAGGUCACAGCAGCAGUUUGGGCUGGACAGUGGAGGAACACCGAUAUGGAACCAGUCAGGAGCAGAAGGAGAGGGAGGCGGAGCUUCAUUCUCCGACUCACAUCGAUGUUGACAGAAAAUUUUCCUUCUGGGCAAAAUUUUUAGAGCUACAGUGGAAGAUGCUGACAGUGAAACAGGAAGACUCCGAACACAAAUACAGCUCCUCCCCCUUAGAGUGGAUCACCAUGGAAACCAACAUCGCAUACUGGCUGCACUCGUCCACCAACGCUCAGAUCCAUCUGAUUGGUAACCCGGUGUCGUGGGGCGUGGCCAACCUCAGCCUGCUGGCCUAUCAGCUGCUGGCAGCUGUCUACCUGGUGAGGAGGAGACGGGGCUUCAAAGACCUACCUGAUGGUGCGUGGGGGCAGUUUGUGUGUCUGGGGGGUGUGUGUGUUGGGGGCUGGCUCGUGAACUUCGUUCCCUUCCUGCUGAUGGAGAAAACUCUCUUCCUGUAUCACUACCUGCCCGCUCUCUGCUACCUGUACCUGCUGAGCCCCGCCCUGCUGGAGCACGCACACACACACCUGCUCAGCAGUGUGACACACCAGCGAGCGCUGUGUUUAUGUGUGUCGGCCGUGCUGUUGUCGGUCUUCCUGUCGUAUCGAACCUUCUGCCCUCUGACCUACGGCAGCCCCGAGCUCUCGGCCAAUCAGCUGCAAGGACUCAGGUGGAGAGACACCUGGGACAUCCUGUACCGCCGCCGCUAGAGACAGGGAGACAGACUGGUGACAGACAAGUGUCUCUCCUUGGAGCGGGUGUGUUUAAUUUCCUCAUCAUGAUGAGGCAAACUGAGGUCCUCGGACCACAGCGUGAAGCCCCUCCCCCUGGUGAUUGACAGGUGACAUGCAGAUUUAAUGUUUCAAUGUAAAAGUACAAAAUAAAAACUCAACAGUGAAA